AUGGUCCGACGGUUGGCGCAUUGCUCCGUUUACCUGGCACUCCUGUUGGCCGUGGCUUCGGCGAGAUCGGCCGAGACCAAUCCCACGACCAAUUCCAUCGACGAGGAGGCGGGUAGAUCGACGGGGAACGGCAACGUGUUCGGGGAUCUUCGGCAGAUGUACCAGAUCUACAAAGAAUGCGCGGACGAGGAUCUCAGUUCCUGCUUGAAAGUGAGGCUGUUGUCGGUUAUAGACAGGGUGUCGAGGAGCGUCCAGUUGAACGUCGCGGAUGGGGUCACGUUCGUCCAGGACGAUCCAAUUUCGACGAACGUUGCGGAGGAACCGCCGAAAUCCCUUCAGGAGAUCGAGGCUAGCCUGCCGAGAAGUUUGGAGGACAAGGAGGACGCGUUGAACACCAUGAUCUUCGACAAGGUGGUCAAGUUCUUCCAGAGCCACACAUUGAAGUUGAAACUGCCCAAUGUGGAGGAACUUCAACGGAGUCUCGUAGAGGAAGGUCGCAAAAAGAAGAAGAACAUGAGCGGUCUUCUCGCCAUUCCCCUGCUGAUCGGUGGAACCCUGGUGCCACUAGCUCUGGGAGCGUUGGCCCUCCUUGCCGGGAAAGCUCUGAUCGUGAGCAAGCUCGCGCUUGUGCUGGCCUCCAUCAUCGGUUUGAAGAAGCUGGUGUCGGGAGGCGGAGACCACGGCCACGAAGUCGUUCAAGUAGCGGGUGGCCACGGAUCGAGCGGAUGGGCGAGAUCGAGUCACGACCUCGCCUACUCCGCCUACAAGCCGUCGUCGUCCACCUAA